AUUGGCUGAGUGCCUCGGCCCGCCCCCUUUUUUCCUUUCAGCCGGCUGCAGAGCCCGCUCCAGGCCUUUCCGGCGCUCCGUGUGAGCGGCGGCACACGAAUGGGUGAACAGACAGACACGGGCGCGCCCGCCAGCUGCCGCCGCCCGGGAGGCCGCUCCGGGCUGCCCGGUGCCGCGGGCCUCCAACCCGCCCAUCGGCUCUCCCGGAAGCGGCCUGACGUGGGCAACCUGCUCGCGGCGCCCCAUGGGAGGCUUCGCGCCCAGUGACGUCACCCUCCCCGUCCGCUCCGGCACGGGGGGGGCACUGCGCAUGCUCUGAGCGGAGCCUCCCGCCAGUCCGGUGCGCGUGCGCCCCGCGCGGCAGCCGCCGGUGAGGGGACGAGGGGCUGAGGCGGCGGGACGGACGGAGCCCGGGACGGAGCCCCGGACGCGCUGGCGGCCUCAGCCCCGCCGGGACCGGGAGGGGCGGCAAGCAGCAAAGUCACAAUCCCAUGGACCAGCAGAGGGCAAAAGUCCCAGCGGCGCUUCCUGGGCUGCCCGCCUGGCCCGGCCCGUGGUUUGGAGGAGCUGGAUCCCAGGGGGCCGCUACAAGUUUAUGUCUGACCCGACUCCAACAAAAAUUAGGAAGGACCAGUGACAACACUGAUGGCUGACACAGAUCCUGUUCGCUAGUGCUCUGGGCUGUCUCUGAGGAAACACGUUGGUAUCUGUGGGCUGCUGUGUCCGGAACGCCCGACAGACGGACAGAAGGACCAGCUGCGUCACAUCAUGGCACCUCGUGUCACAAGUACUUGGUGUCGACCAGCAGAAGCUCACGUCACAGCAACCCCCCAACAGCCUCUUCCUGUGCAGAACACGAGUUCUCCAGCUGGAACCCCUUCCUUCGGCUCUGUCACGGGUCUGCACGGAUACCGCGCCGUUCCUGGCGUUCUGCGCGGGGCUGCGCAAAGCGGGAUCGGGUGUGCGAAGCGGGAUCGGGUGUGCGAAGCGGGAUCGGGUGUGCGAAGUGGGAUCGGGCGCGCAAAGCGGGAUCGGGCGCGCAAAGCGGGAUCGGGCGCGCGACUGCCUCUCAACAUCUGACCUCAAACUGAGGAGCUCCCACAUCUACCCCACGCUUCCCUGACCAGUGCCAACACAAACAUAUUUCAGACAGUGUGGAUUAAUGAGAGCAUAAUAAAACCAAAUCUGCCUGUGCAUGCUUUUUGUCUUUUGGAGUCACACCACGUAUGAUUUUCUACUUCUGAUUAACAAGGAAUAAUAUAAAGCAGAAAUCAGAGUGUUUGAAUGCAAAAGUAGAGUUAUCCUUUAUAUGCGUAUGAAAAAAACAUGUUAUUUCUUUAAUGAAAAUACCAUUCACUACAAAAAAACCACCAGCUGCUCUCCAAUAGGAAGAUGACAUGGCCAAGAACAAGGUCUUGAUAAGUCCUGUAAAAAAACGUUGGUUUUAUCUAUCUUUCCUUACCCCAGCAGUGCAAGCCUCAAUGGGAUCCAACGGGGGUCAUACCCUGGAAUUUAAUAAUGCCAAGUUAGAAAAGAAAAAGGCAAAUAAAAUAAAACACACACACACCAAAAAAUAAUACCCAAAAUGUCAGGGGUCCUGGUUGCUUGAACAACUGUCAGGAAAUGCACUGGUUGCAGCACAAUAAUAGAAGAUUUGAUUAAAUACUUGGAACAUACAGGCAAGGAAAAAUCACAUAGAAGCAAGUGGUAUUGUCUGUGUGCUGAGAGGGGCAAUGAAACGGUCAUUGCCAAAUGGCCUCUAGUUGUAGGUUUUACAAAACAACACAAGAGUUGGAAAGGGAAAAUAUAUGUGACGAUUACACAUAUUAAAAAAUACUUAAUAUGAGAUGCUAUUUUGGUUGAGGGAAGGUUAAAAAGUUGUUUUGAUCAAGCUACAAAUAUCCAUAACCGGUUUAGCAGUUGGUUGUUCUUUAGUCCUCCAUGGAAAGCAGCAAUCAGGAGAUGAAAUUUGGCAAAUCCAGACCACAAGUACAGUGCAUGUAUCCAGCACUGGUUACAGUUGACCGAUGGAAUAACUUGCAACGCAGUUCACUGCCAUUGGAACUCUUCGCAUCUAGAUUAAAUUAUCUGGGAAGUGCUGUGAUUCGGAAAUAAAUUAUAGCUCCCGGAGCAAGAAAAUCCUGGAGGAGAGGAGACCCCAGCCCAGGUUCGCUCGGGGGCUGCGCGGCGCUCGCUCCCAGUGACGGGUCCUGGCGGCGGCUCCUCCUCCCGGGCAGGCGGACAGAGCCCGGGCUGGGGCUGCGGGACCCGGCGCGGGGCACAAAGCGGCUCUUAUAGCCGGCCCGCGGCGGCUCUGCCUCACACCACCGCACCCUGCCCGGAGCCCGCACCCCGCGGAGCCCGCACCCUGCCCGGAGCCCGCACCCUGCCCGGAGCCCGCAGCCUGCCCGGAGCCCGCAGCCUGCCCGGAGCCCGCACCCCUGCCCGGAGCCCGCACCGCCAUGGGACCCCACUGCCCGGCGCUGCCCCUGCUGCUGCUGCUGGGGACCGUUUACAAAGGCGCUUUUGGAGAAGCCGGUUUGAGACACCGAAGAGGAAUUCUUGAAUUAGCCGGAGCCGUUCGAUGCUCCACGGGACGAUCUCCCUUCGCCUACCUGCGCUACGGCUGCUACUGCGGGCUGGGCGGGAAGGGAUGGCCCAAGGACAGAGUGGACUGGUGCUGUUUUCAGCACGACUGCUGCUACGGGCGGGCCGAGCGGGCCGGCUGCCAGCCCAAGACGGAGGUUUACCAGUGGGAGUGCGAGGACAACGCUGUGGUGUGCGAAUCACUGGAAGACAAAUGUCAAAAAAUGGCAUGUGAAUGUGACCGUGAAGCUGCCAAAUGUUUCUCUAAGGCGCCCUAUCACACCAAAUUCCUUUUGUGGCCAGACUUUCUGUGUAGUGAGGUUCAGCCUUUGUGUAGGUAUUAGAUAGCCAACACCAGGCUUCAUGAAAAUUCUGUAUGGAUUUAAAUCGAAAAUUACUUUUUUUUUUAGUCUCAGUAAUGACAACACAUUAUCUUCCCCUUUCUUGAUCCUCUUUCUGCCGUCUCAGCCUUUUCACCCCACAAUGGCCAAAGUCAUUGUUUAUCCUCUUAUUUACCUUCUAGAACGUAUGGACUAAAAGCAAGUCCAUUAGCUCUGCUUAAGCUUUUAUUGGCUAAAUAGCAAUUUAUCAGCUUAUGGAGUAAUGAACUUUAAAUUAAUUUUGUUUUAUUCAGAUUUGCAGAUUUUUCAGAUUCAUCAUAUUAUUCUUUCCAUUCCCACGCCCCCAGCUCUAAGAUACAAACCAAACCUUUCCACUAACGUUUACCCUAAUACGCGUUAACUUUGAACUGACCACAAGAAACGCAUGAGGUGACAGUGUCAGCACAAGGAGCCCUCUCAUCCAUAUUAAACACUUACUGCGAAGCCUAAUUUAACUGCCGCAUCUCAUUCACCUGAAGUAGUCCUACCUGUAUUAAAAAUUGCCUAAUAGAA